UGCCCACCUCCGGUGUCACCCCGUGCCCACCUCCCCCCCGUGUCACCCCAGCGGAUCCCCAGUGUCGGCUGCUGCAGCUCCUGGAAGCAGCAGCUCCCGCUCACAAUUCCUUGCCCGGAUAAACCUUCCCAGCCCUGCUGGCAGCCGUUGCCAGCCCUGCCUCGAGCUGCCGGGCCGCAGCCGUGCGGUUUGGCAUUGCUUGAGGAAAUACUUCUCCAGCUCCAGGACUGUUUGGACAAAGCUCUCCGACACGUGGGGGGGGAUUGUUGGGGCUGUCCUGUGCAGAGCCAUCAGUUUGGCUUGGUGACCUUGCGUGUCCCUUCUCACCGAGGACAUUCCGUGAUUCUCCGUGCUUGACCCAAAUGCAGAGCACGAUGAGAGGAAUCCUGCUCUUGUGUCAGAUGGGAGUUUUGGCCUCUGUUGGGCCCAACUUUCACCCGGCGUCAUAAAAUUUCACAGGAAUGACAUUUGUGCAGCUAUUUUUACUGGCCUUUUAAAGGCAAUUCUCAUUUCUGUUGGUAGGAAUUAGUCCUGACACUUUCUGGUCAGUGUGACCUUGCUUCCCAGUGAAGUGCUGAUUUUGCUCCACCGUCAAAUUAAUUACAAAUAGGAGAUAGUUCAUAGGGAUUAAUUAGGGCAUGGAUGUACCAUAUGGAUUCUGGAGCAACAGUUGGUACCACCAGGUUCUGAUUUUUCAUUGGGUGUUUAAUUGGUAUUUGGAAAUGAGAGAGAGCAAAAUCCUUCUCUCUGACAGACCGUUGAUUGUUGUUAUUAUUUCCAUGUCUCCUGCCUGCUCUAAGUCAGGAUAAUUGGUUAAAAAAAACCCCAAACUGUCCCUUCCUGUUAGAAAUCUGUGUCCUGGGGAAUGUUCAAUGAACCAGCUGUCAGUGCAGUUACCAAACCCUCUGUUCUUCAGGUCAUUUAAGGGGAAAUGCUGUUUUCUGUCAAGACUCGUGUUUAGGAAAAUGCAAGGCAUCUUCCCUGUCCCUCAGCUGGUUUUGAGCCUCCUGUGCCCACUCUCUGAUGCUGGAGCAACUGCUGAAGGAUGCAGCCGCAGGCGCCCGGGGCUGUCUCGCUAACAAGGAGCAGAUUCCUCAAAAGCCUGCGGAGGAGACGUAGGAUCUUCAAGCAAGUUCUGGCAGCUGGAUCCCGAUAGCAGAUAAACUCAUUUGACCACCAUGAGUUGGAGUUUUCUGACCCGCCUGUUAGAGGAGAUCCAGAACCACUCAACCUUCGUUGGCAAAAUCUGGCUGACAGUGUUGAUUGUGUUUCGGAUUGUCCUCAUUGCCGUGGGAGGAGAAUCCAUUUAUUAUGACGAGCAGAGCAAGUUUGUGUGCAACACGGAGCAGCCCGGCUGCGAGAACGUCUGCUACGACGCCUUCGCCCCUCUCUCGCACGUCAGGUUCUGGGUGUUCCAGAUCAUUCUCGUGGCCACUCCCUCGGUGCUGUACUUAGGCUACGCCAUCCAUAAAAUCGCCCGGAUGGUGGAGCACAGCGAGGCCAGCAGGAGAGCCAGGAGGAGGAGCUUGCCCUGCCGCUGGAAACAGCACCGGGCCUUGGAGGAAGCCGAGGGGGACCACGAGGAAGACCCGAUGAUGUACCCGGAGAUGGAGGUGGAGAGCGUCCACGAGAGCAAAGAGAAGCAGAGCCCUGCCAAAGCCAAGCACGACGGCCGGCGGCAGAUCCGGGAGGACGGGCUCAUGAGGAUUUACGUCCUGCAGCUCCUGGCCAGGGCCCUGUUUGAGGUCGGCUUCCUGGUGGGGCAGUAUUUCCUCUACGGCUUCCAGGUGAGCCCCGUGUUCGUGUGCAGCAGGAAGCCCUGCCCGCACAACGUCGAUUGUUUCAUUUCCAGGCCGACCGAAAAGACCAUUUUCCUGCUGAUAAUGUACGGGGUGAGCUGCAUGUGCCUGCUCCUGAACGUCUGGGAGAUGCUGCACCUGGGCUUCGGCACCAUCCGGGACACCUUGAAUGCCAAGAAGAAGGAGCUGGUGGACUCUGGGACCUUUAACUACCCCUUCACCUGGAACACGCCGUCAGCUCCCCCGGGCUACAACAUCGCGCUGAAGCCGGAGCAGAUGCAGUGCACGGAGCUGUCCAACGCCAAGAUGGCCUACAAGCAGAACAAAGCCAACAUAGCUCAGGAACAGCAGUAUGGCAGCAACGAAGGGAACAUUCCCAGCGACCUGGAGAUCCUGCAGAGGGAAAUCAAAGUGGCUCAGGACCGCCUGGACCUUGCCAUCCAGGCUUACAACAACCAAAACAACCCCAGCAGUUCCAGAGGGAAGAAAUCCAAAGCGGGCUCGAACAAAAGCAGUGCCAGUAGCAAGUCAGGAGAUGGGAAGAACUCGGUCUGGAUUUAACGUUGACUCAGUUGAUACGCUGUGGUUUUUUUCCCCUAGUUUAUCAUAACCAGCAGUUCCGUGAAUAAUGGCUUUUCCUUAAGGGAAUAUUUGACUCUGCUGAUUUUCAGGGAUACCGUUGGCUCGUGAUUCAGCCCUGGAAAGGGUUUAUACACUGACUCUAGGACUUUAGAACCUUAUUCUUUUGUCUUCCAAGUCAGGAGACAAAUAGGUAUAUUUAAUUCAUUCUCAUUGAACGGUUUAUGCUGUAUGUACAGUAUUAUAGUACAUUUAUUAUGCACAAUUUUUUUUGUAUUUGUACACUGGAUCUGAUGUUACACUUUUUAUAUCAACAAGGACAAAGCAAUGGAUAGCCAUUAGCAUUUUGUUAAUUUUAUUCUUGUUGUCUGCAGUUAUGUCAUUGUUCUUCCUUGUUUUCCAAGUAAAACUUUUUAUAAAACUUUUC